AUGCCACACCCAUUGCCCCGCCAAAUCGAUAUGAAGUUGGAUAUAAUGAUGAUAUAUGCACUCCUCUGGGUGUUAGACGGCGAACGCCGCCUACCGGACGAUCUUGAUGCUGGUGGAGCCGAGCAGUACGUGGGGCGGCAUACCCCGGAGCGGUGGUUCACAACUCCCAUUGGCGAGGGUGUGGAACCGAACACAUAUCCGGACAAGUCUUUAAGAAGAGUGGAGUACAAGUGCUCGAGAGUCAUGAAACGGGACGAUAAUAUUAGCUAA